AUGGAAGGACGAGUUUUCUCUGCUCAGAACCCUACUUUUCUUCUUCUUCUCCUUCAUAUUUUCCUGCUUGCUUUGCUUCCAUUCAAGGCCAUUUCAUCACCAAAAACACAGGCAGAAGCUUUGCUAAGUUGGAAGAACACCUUUGAUUUUUCUUAUGCACCAUCUUCUCUCCCUUCAUGGUCCCUCACUAACCUCAACAAUCUUUGCAACUGGACUGCCAUUGUUUGUGACCAGAGCAGCAAACAAGUUUCCCAAAUUGACCUCUCCUACUUCGACAUCUCUGCAACACUAACCCAUUUCAACUUCACCCCAUUUCUCAAUCUCACCCAAUUCAACCUCAAUGGCAACAAUUUCAGAGGGCCUAUACCGUCUGCCAUUGGCAACCUCUCCAAGCUCACAACUUUGGACUUGGGCGACAACUACUUUGAACAAGAAAUAUCUGUGGAGAUAGGCAAGUUAACAGAGCUCAAUCUUAGUGGUACUAUUCCCUAUCAGCUCAGCAAUCUCCAAAAGGUACAGUUUUUGAUUCUUGGAGCAAACUACUUACUAGAAAAUCCUGACUGGUCUAAAUUUUCAGGCAUGCCUUCUUUGACAUACCUUGAUCUUUCUCUAAUGAGUCUUUCUUCAGAAUUCCCAGAAUUCAUAUCUAAAUGUUUGAACUUGACAUUCCUUGACUUGUCUCGAAAUUUAUUUAUUGGCCAAAUACCAGAACAAGUAUUUACCAAUCUGAGCAAGCUUGAAUAUCUCAAUCUCACCAACAACUACUUCGAAGGACCACUGCCAUCAAACUUUCCCAAGCUUAAACACCUUCGUUUAGCACAAAACAACUUCGGUGGUGCUAUUCCUGAAGAUAUUGGUUUAAUAUCUGGUCUUCAGCGUAUUGACUUGGCUUGGAAUUCCCUUGAAGGGCCAAUUCCACCUUCUAUAGGCCAACUCAGAGAGCUUCAGUACCUUGAUCUUCACAAGAAUUCCUUAAACUCUUCAAUCCCAUCUGAGCUUGGUCUUUGUACCAGCCUCACCUACUUGGAUCUUUCGAGUAACCAGCUCUCUGGGUCAAUUCCUUUAACACUCAGCAAACUUCCAUUUAUUCAGAGCUUAAAUCUUUCUAACAAUCUCAAUGGCCCAUUCCCGCUCAUGAAGAAUUUUGAUUUGUCUAAUAACAAUUUCACAUGGGAAUUCCAAAAAGACCCCGACAAUACUUUUGUUGGAAACUCUGGCUUGUGUGGAGAUGCCAGGGGACUAACUAGAGCGUGCAAUUCCAACAUAAAUAACAACAAAGUUAUAAUUGGUGUCCUUGUGCCUGUUUGUGGUUUAUUAGUGGUUGCAACUGCGAUUGCUCUGAUUCUUAUGUUCCAUAAGAAAACCAGGCGUGUUCUUAAGAAAGUCAAUAGUGCUCAAAACUUUGAGAAUUUUGAGUCAAUGAUAUUGCAAGAAGAAGUAAAAUUUACGUUUGGGGAAGUUGUAAAGGCCAUAGACAAUUUUCAUGAGAAGUACUGUAUUGGAACAGGAGGAUUUGGAAGAGUAUACAAGGCAGAGUUGCUAUCAGGUCAAGUUGUCGCAGUUAAGAGGCUUAACACGUCAGACUCUAACGACAUUCCAGCAAUCAAUCUCCAAAGUUUCGAGAAUGAAAUCCGAACUCUGACAAAUGUCAGGCAUAGGAAUAUCAUUCGGCUAUAUGGGUUCUGUUCAAGGAAGGGAUGCAUCUUCUUGCUCUAUGAAUAUUUAGAGAGAGGCAGCUUGGGAAAGGCAUUGUAUGGGGUUGAUGGGGUAACUGAACUUGGAUGGGCUACAAGGGUCAAAGUUGUGAAAGGAUUAGCUCAUGCACUUUCUUACUUGCACCAUGACUGCUCUCCACCAAUUGUGCACCGUGAUGUAACUGUGAACAAUGUAUUGCUCGAGUCAGAUUUCGAAGCCCGACUUUCUGAUUUUGGAACAGCAAGACUGAUUAGUGCCAAUUCAUCCAACUGGACCCAUAUUGUUGGCUCAUUUGGUUACAUGGCCCCAGAGCUUGCAUUGACAAUGCGAGUCACAGAUAAGUGUGAUGUGUACAGCUUUGGAGUGGUGGCACUGGAAGUGAUGAUGGGAAGGCACCCAGGGGAUCUGCUAGAAUCCCAGCUAUCAAAAUCAUCACAAUCAAUGAAGGAGGACAAUGCAGAGUUGCUUUUGAAGGAUUUGUUAGACCAAAGGCUGGAGGCUCCAAGCAAUGAAUUGGCAAAGGCAGUGGUGCUUGUGAUGAGUUUAGCCUUGGGUUGUAUACGUACGCGUCCCGGGUCUCGACCUACAAUGCUUUAUGUGGCACAAAAACUAUCAGCUCAGAGUCUGCCUUCCCUUCUUGAACCAUUUGGCAUGCUAACCAUCAACAAGCUGAUGGGGAUAUAAAACUAGAAGGAAAAAAAAUAAAACUAGUUGGAAAGUUUUCUGUGUGUAAGAGAAAUUCUUAUACCAUGUAUGUUAACAUUAAUAUCUGCACCGUCCUGGGUCUCAACCUACAAUGGUUUAUGUGGCACAAAAGCUAUCAGCUUAGACCAUGCCUCGCCUUCCCUAACCAUUUCGUAUGUUGACCAUCAACAGGCUAAUGGGGAUACAAAAAUAGAAGAAAAUGUGAAACUAGUUGGAAAGUAUUCUAUGUUUAAGAUAAACUUUAUAAACCUGUGCUGAUAAACUUUAUAAACCUGUGCUUGAUCUGUAAGAUUGAAAGAGAGUGGCCAAUAAAUUGUUUGCA